AUGAAAAGGUGGAAGAACCCAAGUACGACACGAUCAAAACGAAUCAGGGUCACACGCUCAAGCGGUGGCGGUAAUGAAAAAGAUCGGGGUAGUGGUAUUGGUAGUCGAAGCGGUCGAGGUGAUCAAGGUGCAGGUGUUAAUCAAGGUUCAGGUAACGAUAGAGGUGGGGAUGGAAUUGUCGUUGAGCGUUUAACUACAGUUUAG